UCAUAAUUUCGGUAUCAUUGACUUGCAAUUUGAAAAUAACGUGAAAACUUCCCCAGAUACUAACUACAAAAAUCUGCCUUUUUCAAAGUUUAAUUAAAACUUGAUGAUUCUCAUUAGUUGUGUGUAACAUGUAGUACUAGUACUCCCCUUUUUUAAUAUAAUUUAUUUAUUUAGUCACUUUUCAAUUUUAUCUAAAGAAGCAAAUACUACAGUUUUGUGUUGUCAAUUUUAGGUUUCAAGCAAGUUGCCAAAUUGUCAUGAGAUUUCAAAGUGAGCAUUGAAGAGACAGAAAAAGAGAGCCUCUAAUUCCCAUUCAACGAUCUUCAAAGCCGCCAAUUUUUCAUGUGAUGGGUCUCACAGACAAAGCCCCUUCCCCAUAAAUUUCAAAACGUUCACUCUCUUCGGUGAUCCUUUUAUUUCAUUAAUUGUUCCAAUUUGGUGUUAUGAUGACUAUAUAGACAUUUUGAUUAGAAGCUGUUGACUUUUGUUUCCAUAACUUAACUUCAAAGUAUUAGGGUUGUUUCGAAAGCUAUAAACAGAUAUAUUCCAAACGUAUUCUUAUCAUUUAUCAUCGUUCAUCUUUUUGAAACCAAUUAGCCUUUGACAAGAAAACUCUAAAACAAACGUUUCUAAGAUUCUUAUUCCAUAUACAUCCCCCAGAUAACUGAAACAGAGAAUUUCAUCUUCAUUAUAUUUCAAAAACAUGAAGAGCUCAAAUAAUCAACAUUCAUUAAACUAUAUUUCCAGCCAUUUCAAUUCUCGUGUUCAUCUUAUUCGUUUCCUUUCCUAUCUUCUCCUUUUGGCCUGUGGUGUGACAAUUGGAAUCAUCAUCAGUUUCUAUCUGAAAAGCUGCACCUUUAGUCUUCAAUUCACUCAACUUUCACUCUCCACACCUCCACCGCCGCUAAUUAAAACACCAAUUGUACCGAAUAAUUCCGAUCUCGUUAUUAAUCGUGUUGGAUUGAAGAAUUUCAUUGAGCCUUCUCAUGUUGUGCAUGAUUUGACUGAUGAAGAAUUGAUGUGGAGAGCUUCAUUGACUCCUAAGAUAGAUGAAUACCCUUUUGAUCGAGUUCCGAAGGUGGCCUUCAUGUUCUUGGUAAGGGGCUCUGUGCCUUUGGCUCCUCUAUGGCAGAAAUUUUUCAAAGGGCAUAAAGGGUAUUAUACUAUUUAUAUCCACUCUAAUCCAUCUUACAAUGGCUCAGAAGUGGAGAGUCCAGUGUUUCGUGGCAGGAGAAUUCCCAGUAAGAAAGUAGAAUGGGGGAAAUUCAACAUGAUUGAAGCGGAGCGUCGUCUGCUUGCAAACGCACUUCUUGAUUUCUCAAACCAACGGUUCGUUCUUAUAUCAGAAUCCUGCAUACCACUCUUCAACUUCUCAACAGUCUACUCUUAUUUAAUGAACUCAACACAAAGCCAUGUCAUGGCUUACGAUGAGGCGAGUUCAGUUGGACGUGGACGGUAUAGAAUUAAAAUGUCACCUAAGAUCAAACUCAAACAAUGGAGAAAAGGUUCACAAUGGUUUGAAAUGCACAGAGAGCUUGCCUUAGAAGUAAUAUCAGACAGAACUUACUUCCCAAUAUUUGAAAAGUACUGCAAAGGUUCAUGUUAUGCAGAUGAGCAUUACUUGCCAACUUUUGUUAGUAUUAAGUUUUGGGAGAAGAACUCAAAUAGAAGUUUGACUUGGGUUGAUUGGUCAAAGGGUGGACCGCAUCCAGCUAAAUUUGUUAGACCAGAGGUUACUUCUGAGUUAUUGGAGAAUUUGAGGAAUCAAAGAUGCGAGUAUAAUGGAAAUAGCACAAAUGUUUGUUUUCUGUUUGCAAGGAAAUUCUUGCAAAGUUCAUUGACAAGGCUCAUGAGGUUUGCUCCACGGGUCAUGCACUUAUAAUUCAUUAAUACUAUUACUAUAAGAUACAAACACAUAAACAAUUACUAUUACAUAAAUCAUUUAAUUUAUUAUUUUCAACUAACAA